GAAAGUCAGCGCGCGUGUCACUGCAGCACACAUUGUAGCUCCUCUCCGACAAAUAAUUAUAGCAACAUCUGAACCGAUCAUCGACAACACUUAUCGAAGUUAUUUCUUAUUAUUCGUUAAUUACAAGGUGCACAUCCCUGAAUAUUUGCAAGAAUGUCGGGAUUUGAUGAUCCAGGAGUUUAUUACAGUGACAGCUUCGGUGGAGGAGAAAGCAUCGGCGAUGAGGGAGUCGUGAAACGCAGCCAGAUCAAGAAGAAGUUCCGUGAGUUUCUGAGGCAGUUCAGACUCGGAACCGAUCGAACUGGAUUCACCUACAAAUACAGAGAUGAGCUCAAGAGGCACUAUACUUUGGGAGAGUAUUGGAUCGAGGUGGAAAUGGAGGAUUUGGCCAGUUUUGAUGAAGAUCUAUCAGACUGUCUGUACAAACUUCCUACUGAGAACUUGCCUUUGUUGGAGGAGGCUGCGCAGGAAGUGGCUGAUGAGGUCACACGUCCUCGGCCAGUAGGAGAAGAGACCGUUCAGGACAUACAGGUCAUGCUGAAGAGCGACGCUCAUCCAGCCUCCAUCCGCAGCCUGAAGUCAGAGCAGGUGUCACGUCUGGUGAAGAUUCCCGGGAUCAUUAUCUCCUCUACUGCUGUGAGGGCCAAAGCCACCAGAGUGUGUCUUCAGUGCCGCGGAUGCAGAGCGGUGAUCAGCAACAUCCCUCUGCCACCGGGACUGCAGGGUUACGCUCUGCCCCGCAAGUGCAACACUGAGCAGGCAGGACGCGUCAAGUGCCCUGUGGAUCCAUAUUUCAUCAUUCCAGACCGGUGUGUGUGUGUGGAUUUCCAGACUCAGCGUCUGCAGGAAGCUCCUGAUGCCGUUCCUCAUGGAGAGAUGCCACGACACAUGCAGCUCUACUGCGACAGAUACUUGUGUGACCGUGUAGUACCAGGCAACAGAGUGACCGUCAUGGGCAUCUACUCCAUCAAGAAGGUGGCGCAGACCAAAGCUAAAGGCCGUGAUAAGGGAACUGGUGUGGGCAUUCGCUCAGCAUAUCUGCGUGUUGUCGGCAUCGAUGUGGACACUGAAGGAGCAGGCCGUGGAGCCACUGGUUCAGUUUCUCCACAGGAGGAAGAGGAGUUAAGAUCUCUGGCUGCUUCUCCCUCGGUCUAUGACUCUCUGGCUCGCUCUCUCGCCCCGUCCAUCUAUGGCAGUGAUGACCUGAAGAAAGCCAUCGCCUGCCUGCUGUUUGGGGGCUCUAGGAAGAGGUUGCCUGAUGGUCUGACACGCAGAGGGGAUAUUAACCUGCUGAUGCUGGGAGAUCCAGGCACAGCCAAGUCUCAGUUGCUGAAGUUUGUUGAGAGAUGCUCUCCAAUUGGGGUCUACACCUCUGGAAAGGGCAGCAGCGCAGCUGGUUUGACCGCCUCUGUUCUUCGGGACCCCAGCACUCGGGGUUUUGUCAUGGAGGGAGGCGCUAUGGUGUUAGCUGAUGGUGGAGUCGUCUGCAUCGAUGAGUUUGACAAGAUGAGAGAGGAUGAUCGAGUCGCCAUCCAUGAGGCCAUGGAGCAGCAGACCAUCUCUAUUGCAAAGGCUGGCAUCACCACCACUCUGAACUCGCGUUGCUCUGUAUUAGCUGCCGCCAACUCUGUGUUCGGUCGCUGGGAUGACACGAAGGGAGAGGACAACAUCGACUUCAUGCCCACCAUUCUGUCUCGAUUCGACAUGAUCUUCAUCAUCAAAGAUCAUCACGACCAACAGCGAGACAUGACUUUAGCUCGACACGUGAUGAACGUUCACCUGAGCGCUCAAACACAGACGGAGGGAGUCGAAGGAGAGAUUCCUCUGGCCAUGUUGAAGAAAUACAUCGCCUAUUCCAGAGUAAAAUGUGGACCACGUCUGUCUGCGGCGGCAGCAGAGAAACUGAAGAACAGAUAUGUGUUGAUGAGAAGCGGAGCGAAGGAGCAUGAGAGAGAGACUGACAGACGAGUGUCCAUCCCCAUCACUGUCAGGCAGCUGGAGGCUGUGGUGCGCAUUGCAGAGUCUCUUGCUAAGAUGAAGCUGCAACCCAUCGCUGGUGAAGAAGAGGUGGACGAGGCUCUGAGACUCUUCCAGGUGUCCACGCUGGAUGCUGCUCUGUCUGGCAGCCUCUCUGGUGUUGAAGGGUUUACCACUCAGGAGGAUCAAGAGAUGAUCUCCCGCAUCGAAAAACAGAUGAAGAGGCGCUUCGCCAUCGGCUCGCAGGUGUCUGAACACAGCAUCAUACAGGACUUCGCCAAACAGAAAUAUCCAGAGCACGCCAUUCAUAAGGUCCUUCACCUGAUGUUGAGGAGAGGCGAACUGCAGCACCGCAUGCAGAGGAAGGUGCUUUACAGGGUCAAAUAGACGAAUGCUUUGGGCUUACUUCAUAAAAGAGUCUGGUGGGUGUCCAAAUGCAUAACAGAAAUGAAAUGCAAUUCAAAAAUAUUGUACAUAGUUGUCUGGACGCUUUAUUGCUGGAGAUAUGUCCUGUUUAUCAUUCUUGCUUAUCUUGUUAAAGCUUUGUGUGGUUUAAAGUAUGUUACAAUUACGACAGUAUGCUUUACUGUCCACUUUCAAUAAAAAAAAGUUUCAUUAAACAUUGAAUUUAAUUGUCAAACUAAAGAAUACAGCCUUUUGUAUGGGAAUUUAAUAAAGCAUUUAAGAAACCAA